UUUCACAAGAUGUAAAGGGAUGGGGUGUUGCGCCCCGGCCGGCGUACGGCGUCGUAGGUCGUGACGCGACCGAGUGACGUCACUGGGGUGUGAGGUUGCGCUACAGGGAGGUCUCUCCCCGGUGAAAGUCGGCGUCAGUACGUUUUGAACCGGCGCCGUCGCCACUUGUCUCAGUUCAACGCUAACUACGCGUAUAACCUUAAAAUCGCGUAAUUUAACUAAACAGAAUUCAAAUACAUGUAAAAAUAUCAAGCAGUGGAACUGUGAAUUCUAAUUUCAGCGGCGAUGCACGAAAGCGGCUAAAAAUAAAAACGGGGUUCGCGCGCUCCCGUCGCCCGCCGCCGGCUCGUAUUUUCAUACUAGUUACACUAUUUCUGUCUGUAAAGCAAUAAGAUAUUCUACAUGCGAGUGAAAUCAAGUGGACAACUCUCGUGUGGACAAUGAGAAAAGUGCGUAAAAAGAAACCGACUGCCGCGAGGCGAAUGUGAAACUUGUGUUGUUUUAAUAUAAGCUAACUUUAUUGUGCUACGGAAUUACGACGCAACUUUUUGAGAAUGGCGCUCGUAAUGCUACCGUGUGAUCUCCCCUGGUGGACUUCUGUACAGCGACAUUUAAAACAUCUUCUCUUGGCAUCAGCUCCCGUUAAACUCACAGCUAGUAUGUUGAAAAUUCAUGACAUGUGCAAUAUAGGUAUAGAUCCAGAUGAUGACAUCAAAGAUCCAGAUCUGAUGAAAGGCUUAGAGCAAUUCCUCGAAGAAGAGCUGUCGGAAGAAGAACGCAGAAAUUUCCUCGAUAACACAAUUAGAAUCAUGGUGAACAGAGCACUACACCUUAAAAGAUGGCGCCCACCUAAAGGACUUAUGUUUAGUUUACAACAACAAAGCGAUGUUACGGAACUGGAUUACAAUUUUCUAUCGUCACUUGUUUCUCAUGCAUUUUUCUCGACUUUCCCUAAAAGAACGCUCAAAACGCAUCCGACUUUACAAGACUUCAAUUUUACACAUUUUUUUAAGAAUUUACACAGAAAAUCACAAAAAAACAAACUAAAAAGCUUACUACAUUAUUUUGAAUGGUUGGACAAGAAUAGCAACGAAGGCACCGUUAAAUUAAGUAGACAGGUAAUGACAGCAAAGCAAUGGUUAACAAUAGAGGAUUGGUUAGAAUGUACGUUGCCGUUAUGCAAAUUGUUGGUGAGGCAUGAGGGGCGGCCGGAGCGAUGCGAAAACGAUGACGCCAUUAGAAUAUGUUUCGCUAGCAGUAGAGUCGGUGGUGAUGUCUUAAUUGAUGGAGAUACACAGGAAUCGCUGACAAUGUUCAUGAUGCCGGAGCUCCUACCUGUCAUGCUGUCGGUGGAGUCGCUGGAGGACAACGAGGUGUUGAAGGCGGAAGGAAUCAGAUUGUUCAGCAGGAUUAGCGACAAGCGGCAAAAACCUAACAUCGAACUACUGUCCGAACCUAAAACAGUAACGGUAUGUCUAAUGGACGCCGAAGACUACAGCGCUUUGCCUCUCGGUCAGUGGGAAGAAGACAACGUGCUACGGGAACUGAACAAGAGCCUGCUCGCCUUUCAGCAGGCGCCUAUGAAGAGUCGCGACAGUCAGCAACGACAAGAGAGGAGACUGUCACCUAUCGGGGAAUCAUUCAGCAACACUCCACCAGAGGUGGAGGCGACGGUGAUGAUAAAGCAGUCGUCGUGCAGCACGGUCAACAGCUGCAGCAGCAGGAGCCCUUCUCCGCAGACAUACUGCGCAGCCACACUUAAUUUAAACGAUCCAAGCGUAGAAUUAACGAAACGUAAAUGCUGGUUAUCUCCUGAUGGGGGCGUUUUGAACAACCGAAGAGGAAGGUUCAUCGUAUUGGGCUCAUCGGGAGAGUGCCUGCCGGUGACCAGGAGUCCCGGCCUCAUCAACCUGGACACUCAAGAAGACAGUCUGUAUUCCAGCUGUAACUCCAGCGACGACGAGUAUCACAGUGCAAACGACAGCUUCGACUAUGGUAGCGAGGAUGAAGGAAGAGGCGAAAGCGCACGUCCGAACUCGUUGAAGUACUACAAGGAGCUGUCGACUGAGGAGAGGCGGCAGAGCUUCGCGGAGAGGCUGCGCGAGGCGCUGCGCAGAGAGGCGGAGAACUCCUGCACCACCAGCACCACCGGCGACUGGUCCACCGACAGCUCCAGCUACGAGCCAGGCGUCAGCUUACCCGGCGCGGGGACCAAUGGGAAUGAAGUAAGGGUAAAACGCGGCAGCUCCGUCGGUUUCGUGCUGACCGACAAAGAGAUCUUGGAUAACGGCAAUACUUCCUUAAGCCGGCGACCGAUUGAAAGGAAGGAAACGGGGAAUAGCUCAAAAUACAGUUUUAGCACAGAAUAUACGUCAGAAUUGGAGGAAGUGUACGAACAAUUCAAUCAUUGGUUAAACGACCCCAUUUGCAAUAACACAGCGGAGGAAAACAAAAAUAAAGAGCUGGAUCCGCGGGAUUUGGCUGUGAUAAGAUUUGCGGGGUCUCUGCUGAAGCGCACGCUGAGCGAGUCCAUGGCGAGCGGGGGCGCGGGGGCGCGGGGCGCGGAGGCGGCGGAGCUGUACGGGCGCGACGGCCGCGACCGCACCACGCCGCGCCGCCUCGCGCUCGCCGCGCGCUCGCUCUCGCUCGAACUCGCGCGACACAGGCACCGCCUCGCCGCACAUUUGAGACGUAAAGUAAAAGAGUCAAUACCGGAAGAGAUAUUAGAGAGUACGAGAGAGAGGUGCAAUACCAACAAUAAUAGAGAGCCGAAUGAAGCCGCCUCACUCGACUCUUCCACAGACACAUCUUCGACGCAGUUGUCCAACCCCAAUUUAAAAAAGAAAAAACUCAAUUGGGUUGUCAACAUGAUAGUAGAGACGAUAGAAGAGACGGUCGAAUGUGAACCGGUCACUGUCAAUAUAAAGAAAUCUAAGCUAAACGAGCUGGCGCACAAGAUAGUGUCGGGCGGGUCGUGCCGGCCGGUGGCGACGGGCAACUGGGGCUGCGGGCGGCGGCAGCGCGGACACCCGCAGCUCAAGCUGCUGCUGCAGUGGCUGGCGGCCAGCGUCGCCGGCGUACCCGCAUUGAUCUAUUAUACCUUCGGAAAUGAGAAACUCUUUAAGCUGGACACACUGGUUCGUGUGCUGGUGGAUAGAAAAUGGACAGUCGGCCAGUUAACACGAGCAGUGCUGAAGUUCGCACGUCAAGUGCUGCACGAGCCACACGUCAUCCCCGACAACCAUUCCCUCUUCGACGAGUUGAUCGGCAUUGAGAAAAUACCAGAUGACUACUAGUUCUGCGACGUUUCGACGUGACAGCGAUUGUGGCGCCAAAAGACGCCAUCUUAUAAAUAUUGUAUUUAUUUAUAGGAAUUAAUUACAAAAAAAUACAGUUGUAGAAACGUUUUAAAGUGAGUUAAAAAACGUUUUGUACGGCUUUAAAACGUUGCUACGAUCUGUGGAAUAAAAUUACAACUAAAUUUGACUAUUCGUACUGAAUAUGUAUGCAUUUAUAAGUUGAGACACAGAUGUCUUCGUAUAUCUUAAUGCAUUACUCGUUACUUGUAUGGAAUGUGAUUUUGGCAGCUGUGUCUUAUUUACUCAAGACUAGUGCAAUUUAAAUAGCGUUAAUAACAUAGUUACAUAAAAGCAAUACUAUAAUUCGAAAUACGAUUAUACAGACUUAACGAAAAUAUUUUUGUACAAAAUUAUCAGUACAAGUAUAACAGUAGGGUUUUUUAUAAAAUCAAUAUAACUAAUAAAACUUUUAAGGGCAAUUUACAAAUAAAAAAGCAUGUUAUAAAUUUUACUUAUUUAAGAUAUUAUAACGAACUUUUGAACAUUUUCGCAUUUGUUAUAAAUACGCUGAGCUGGACUUAAUCCAAAAAAAGACGCAAAAACAAUAUUAGUUACUAUUUGUUACCUUUAAUUUCAAGUGUGUGGGAAAAGUAGGGAAAGGUGACAACGUAUCGUAAUAGGUAAAGAGAUCACAAAAAAUAUACAGUUUUUUAUAUGGUUAUAACUAUUAUUGCGUUCUCUGGUUGUUUAAUUUCGAAUAUUGCCAAAAGCAGAAUCCAUAAUAUUCGUUGUACACUUUAAUUUGUUAUGAAAAGAAUUUGAACUAUGAUUUCUCGUGAAAAGAUCCAUUUUAUCGUAUGGUCACUUCGCUCAGUGUAAUGUUCGAUUCUAAGAGUUUGUUCGAAAUAUCAUUUGUCGAUAUUUAAUGCACUUCAGUGUUGCUAUCAUAACUUCACACAGUGGCGCCACCUUGGCCUACGUUUCUUUUCGAACAGACUCUACUUUUAAGUUAUAGACAUCGUUUUACAAAGUCUUCCACUGAUCGAAUCUCAAUGUGUCCAAAGGUUUUUUGAUUUUUGUGACUGUACGUCUACCAAGUGAUGAGUAAUAAAUUGCGUCAUA